GUGAAGAGAGAGUCAGUCAUCAUGGCUGCCUCCUUGAUACGGUGGCUAAAAAGACUGUACGUUUUCAUGUUGAUAUGUCCCCUCUGUGUCCCAGCCUUUUUGAAUUUGGAGGAGCUGAACGAGAUGAAAUAUGGGAUUCAGAUUCUCCCCGAUCCCGUCAUUCUGGGGCAGACCAAGACAGAGGAAGUUAUGAUGGUGUCCAGUAAGUACAAGCAGCUGUAUGAGUGUCGACUUCCAGCCCAGGCUGUCCGGUUUCAUCAGGAUUCUGCCUCUGAGUCGGACUCACAAGGUUACACUGGACCAGACAUCCCAGACCUGCUCAGUCCAAUGCACAAUGCCCCAUGUCUAGUGAAGACAAAGGACUGGUGGACAUAUGAGUUCUGUCAUGGCCAGCAUAUCAGACAGUACCAUCUUGAAGACACAGAAAUCAAGGGGGACAUUUUGUUUCUUGGUUAUUAUGAGUCUGAAUUUGACUGGAACAACGAAACAGCAAAGGCCUCCAAACAGCACAGGCUGAAGCGCUACCACAGUCAGACCUAUGUAAAUGGCUCUAAGUGUGACCUAAAUGGAAAUCCCAGAGAGACCGAAGUCCGGUUUGUGUGUGAAGAAGGCUCAGGUGACUACAUCGCCCGAGUGGAUGAGCCUCAGUCGUGCCGCUAUGUGCUGACAAUUCACACCAGUCGUACCUGCCAGCAUCCAUUCCUGCGGCCACCGUCUACCGCCAAGCCCCAGGGUAUCGUGUGUCAGCCAGCUUUAAGUGCCCAGCAGUACAUGGAUUACGUCAAGGCCCAAGUCUCGGACACAAAGCGUAAAGUAGAGCAGAUCUCAGAGGAGCUGAGGAGUCUUGAUGAGAUGUUGGCUGGUAAUGAAGGGGCAGAUGGAGCUGUGGAAGUAACAGCAGAAGAGAUAUCACCUGUACCCAGUGAUGACUCAGACCACUCAGACAGAAAAGACACUGCUGAUGUGACGGAGGAUGCUGGGUCAGAAGAGACAGAGGAUUCUGAUUUCUGGGAGGGAGUAACAAAACCAGAGAGUUCAAAAACGACUGCGUCUCAACAGGAGAGUCAGGCAGAUAAGGACUAUAACUCACUAACAGACAAUGAAGUUGUUGAUGAUGAUGGCGAUGAAGUAGAAAAAUUCAACUUUAAAAUCAUCACUGACCCAGCAGACCUGAUGAAAUUUGUCCAGCACCUCAAAGAGAGUAACAGGAAGAAAGCACAAAACCAAGCCAAAAGUCAAACAGAGAAACCAACAACAGACAGGGUAACAGAGAAGCUUGGCGAGGAAGAGAAAGAUGAAGACAAACGCCUGCUGCAGGAGUUUGAGGAUGAGAUGGCUGACAUCUCUGUGCCAUCUGAUAAGAUUGAAGAAAUAAAGGAGGAAAUGCAGAAGGAGUUUGACAACAUCAUAAAUGAGGCCCAGCAGGAAUUGGAGACUGAGGGUCUGAAAGGGGAGUUUGAUCGGACUCAAGCAACACAGACACUGGAAACCACACUGGACAAGCUCCUCGACCAUUUGGAGGAGAAAGACGUUCAAGACCAAGAGCAGCAAACAUCGGGGGUUCAGAGAGCCAGUGACCCGACCAGGGGCAGCCCCAGCCUGGCUCCAAAGCAGCCAGACCAAGCGGCUGACGACCAUGUUAAGAUCAAAAUUACUAAGUAUAAGACGGGCAGCAGCCCUGAUGGGGAGGUCAAAGUUCAAGAGAUGGGCGAAGGAGAUCCCCAGUGGCAGCACAUAAAGGACGUGGUUAAAGAACAGCUAGAGAAAGCAGGACUGAAGGCCGAAGGUAAAAUUGAGGUGAAGAUCUUGACGCGAAAGAAUGCAGAGGAGGCAGGUGACCAGUGGCUGACCGAAGAAGAUACAAAGUCCUUCAGGGAGCUUCUCAUAAAUCUCCUGACUGGAGGCACAGAAGAAGUUUACAAGGAGCAGAAGAGGCAGCAGGAGCUGGAGAACAACUAUAGGUUUGUGUGGGGAGAGUCUCAGGAGGAGUCCCAGUCAUCCAGCACCUCUGACUCGGACGAUGUGGACAUAUGAGCUUGCACAGUGCAUACAGUGCACCUUUUGUGAUGGUGGACUCCUGUGGAGAACAGCAGGGGGGUGGGGUGGGGGGACUCUGAAGUGCAGCAGCAAAUUUGAAAAAGAGGCCACGAUUGAAUUAUUGCUAUGAAACCUGGCAGAUCAUCUGUUUGCACAUUCAGAAAAUCUGUCUGUGUGUUUUGACUAGGCAAUAUGUGUCUUUAGCAGGCACUGUUUAUAUGUUGCACAGCGUGCCAGCUGUACUUGUGCAGCUAAGUGUAGUUAUGCAUUUUCCCCCUUUUUGAUGGGAUUCAGUUUUGAUAGAUGGCUUGAAUAGCUGAGUGACAUACAAUAUGUACCUGUUUAGAAAUGUUUCAGUGAAUUCCGCAGCACAUUGUGUGUCCACAGCAACAUUACUGCUUGCAUUUGUCUUGAAGUGACACAGCUUACGGGUGGGGUGGGGUGGGGUGCAUACCUCAACCAAGGACAAAUGCUCAAAGGUUCAUAUCUCAGUUCCCACUUGUCUUUAAAACUUUCUGACACACUGUGUUUGGUGAUAAUAGUAUCCUCAAACACAACUGUAGAUUACAGAAGUGUUUGUAAACAUGCUGUGGCACUUUAUAUUUUUAGAAACACCAAAUUUUUUACAUUGUUCCACAAAUAUUUUGGGUUUCCCUUAGGUUGUCAUGUGCUAUUAAAGGGAUUCGAAAACACUUAAAGGAAUGUAGAAAGAAAUCUUUUAAGUGUGUACUUUGUUUUUGUUUCUAUAUUUAAUUUUGUUAUGUGUAAUUUAGCCAAGAAAGAUAAAGAAGCUACACUGUCAAUCAUAUUCAGUCUACCAAAAUAAUGAAUCCACACAAAACUUUUCUAAGGAUCCUUCAGUGGUGUACUUAAAAGGGCUGAAUUUUGUACAGUUUGUGGAUAAUUGUGGCUACUUGGAACUCAAUUUGUACAUAAUUAUUGCGUGAAUAUGUUUUUGAAUUAAUUUGUUGUAUAUUAGCACAAACUGUGGGACUUGAGUUGCCUGAGUAAAUACUUUGAAAUUUGUGACAGUGCAAUCUUGUAUAUGAAACUUAAUUUCACUGUGGGGCUGAGCCACAUACAAAUUUUUUCAGACACAUAACAGAGGUGUGUGUUCCCAAAGAUGACAGUGUCCAGAGGCUUAAGAUCAAGCAAGAGAAAAAAAAAAAAAAAGCUUCAGGUGUUGUGGGUGUUUCUUUACUCGGCCAGGGGAAUUUGUCCUUUCAAAGGUAGAUUGUUCCACCUUUUUAGGUAGCUUAUCUGAUCUGGGCCCUGUGCUUGUUUUGAGACUGUUUUAAAAGAGCUGGAUAGGAAUACCCAGAGGUAACUGAGCCUGUUGAUUAAUCAGCUUCAUGAUGCUACUUAUCUAGGAUCACCAGUUCAGUGAAGCCAGGUAACCCAAAGAGAGCCAGACUGUGUUGAAGUAUAUGAUCCAGGCCCCAGCUUUGUCACGCAACUGGAAGGGAAAAAAACAAGCGUGUGUCACAACACUCUGCAUCAGUCAUUUCUAUCUUUAUGCUUCAGCUGCACACUCUCGCAAACCAUGACAACGGACAGUAGAAAAGUUUAUUAAUGUGUUCUUGAAAGGGGCUAUUUUACUGUAUUAGGAACAUUUGAUCUGCCUUGUAAAUAUAAGUCUUUGAGCACUUAUUUAUUUAUUUUCUUUUUUUUGGAAAUAAAAAAAAAUACCAUAGGAGUCUUCUA